GGACAAUCAGUCCUCAGGACCGGAUAAGCAAGUAACUUCGGCUAGUCUUGAAGGAGGAAAGAAAGCUCUGCUGGUCAAUUCUCUGCAACUCCAACUGCCUCUCAACAGUCACCUUGCACCGCUAAGACAUGGCUAUUCGCUACCCCAUGGCCGUUGGCCUUAGUAAAGGCCACCAAGUCACCAAAAACAUAACUGCUCCCAAACACAGCCGCCGACGUGGGCGUCUGACCAAGCACAGCAAGUUUGUUCGGGACAUGAUCCGCGAGGUGUGCGGCUUUGCUCCAUACGAGAGGCGAGCCAUGGAGCUGCUGAAAGUGUCCAAGGAUAAGAGAGCUCUCAAGUUCAUCAAGAAAAGGAUUGGUACCCACAUCCGAGCUAAGAGAAAGAGAGAGGAGCUGAGCAAUGUGCUGGCUGCCAUGAGGAAGGCUGCUGCAAAGAAGGAUUAAGUUGUCUUCUAAUAAAUGUUCCACCACAAAA